AUGUCACAUAAUACUUUAAAAUCUAUGAAACAUGGAUUUUAUGAUGCCAUUUUUUCAAGUUCGCCUAUUAAUUUCGAUAAAGAAAAUAUUAAUUAUCUAAAUGAAAAGGAAGAAACAUGUUCUGAUACAUUUGAUACACCUCAAAAAAGAAUUCAAGAUCAUAAUGAAAAUAAAUGUUUAAAAUUUGAAAAACAUAAAAUAUUACUUGACAAUGAUAUUGAAAAUUCAAAAAUAACAAGUACGCCUUGUACUAUAAAUCUUAUUCAUUCAAAAUCUACAAAUAUACUUAAAAAAAAACAAACUUUAUUCUCUGAAAAUGAAGCAUCUGAAUCAAAAUGUAAAAUUUCUACAAAAGCAUGUACAACUUCAUUAAAUGAAAAAAUUCUAACUACUAUGCACUCUUAUACUCCUAAACAAUAUAAAAUUCAUACUGCUAUAAGUAGUUCAAAAAUAAAUACUUUACCUUCAAAUAAAACACCUAUAAAACGUUAUUUUAGUGAUAAUAUUUUAUCACAAGUUACUCCUGAUUGUUUUAAUGUUGUUCAAGUUGAAACACCAUCUAAUAAAUUAAAUGAAAUUGAUAUUGAAGAUCAAACAGUAUAUGAAGAAGAAAAUACUAAUUUAACUGUAGGAAUACGUGUUAGACCUUUAAAUACAAAAGAAUUAAAUGAUUCAAAAAUUACAUCAGUUAUACAAGUAUAUGGUCAAAAUGUUAUUGUUACUUGUGAAUCUGUUCAACAUACUUUUACAUAUGAUCAUUGCUUUAUGUCACAUGUGGAUAUAUCACAACCUGAUUGUGCUAAUCAAGAAAUUGUUUUUAAAAAUAUGGUUCUACCAUUGGUACAAAAUGCUUUUGAAGGAUAUAAUGUUUGUUUGUUUGCUUAUGGACAAACUGGUUCUGGUAAAAGUUAUAGCAUGAUGGGUCAAGAAUCUACUCAGAUUAAUGCAUCAUCAUUUGAUGAAGCAAUUGGUAUUAUUCCAAGGUUUUGUCAAGAAAUAUUUGCAAGAAUAUCUAAUAAUAUGAACAUUAAAACUACAGUAGAAAUUAGUUAUUUUGAAAUUUAUAAUGAGAAAAUACAUGAUCUUUUAACAAAUGUUAACAAUGGAGUAAAAAGAGCUCCUCUUAAAGUUAGAGAACAUCCUGUAUUUGGUCCAUAUAUUGUUGAUUUAAGUCAACAUUGUGUACAAAACUAUAAAGAUUUACAAACUUGGCUGAAAGUGGGUAAUUCUCAAAGAGCUACAGCAGCAACUGGAAUGAAUGAAAAAAGUUCCAGAUCACAUAGUAUAUUUAGUAUUAUAUUAACACAAACUCAAAUAAAUAACCAAUUAGAUAAUGGAUCUAUAGAUGCUAGUCGUCGAAGUAAAAUUAAUUUAGUAGAUUUAGCAGGAAGUGAGAGAUUAAGUCAAACUUGUGCAAGUGGUGAUAGGUUAAAGGAAGGUGUAUCUAUUAAUAAAUCAUUAUUAACUUUGGGAAAAGUGAUUGCAUCUUUAGCUGAAAAUACAAGUAAUCGUAAACGAGGUUUUGUUCCAUAUCGUGAAUCUGUUCUUACAUGGCUGCUAAAGGAAAGUCUCGGAGGAAAUUCAAGAACAGCAAUGCUUGGAACAAUAUCACCAGCUAAUAUACAUGUAGAAGAAACGCUUGCAACACUUCGAUAUGCUUGUCAAGCUCGAGCUAUUGUUAAUCGCGUUCGAAUUAAUGAAGAUCCACAUGAAAAAUUAAUUCGAGAAUUAAAAGCAGAAGUGUUGCGAUUACGCGGCGUACGCGAAGGAUACGAAAAACAACUUGGAAUAUUUCCACGUCGUCUUCUCGAUUCUGUUGAAUUGGUUAAUCAAAGUAACGAUGAAAUUAAACAAAAACAAGAAGAAAUUAAUAAAUUGAAAGAUCAAUUAAAGAAAACUGAAGAACAACUUGCAACUACCCAAAUGAUUUGGCAAACAAAAUUACGAGAUACUGAGGAAAAAAAAAAUUCAGAAAUAAAAUAUUUACGUCGCUGUGGUAUUGCUAUUGAGCUCGAUUUUUAUGAGAAGGAUAAACAGCCUUGUCUUAUAAAUCUCGCGGCCGAUCCUAUGUUGUCCGGUAUACUUUUGUAUUUCAUUCCUCCGGGAUUGGUUCGCAUUGGAAAAAAUUCUGAUUGCGAGAAUUCUUCAGAAAAUUUGGAUAUCAUGUUGGAUGGACCUCUGGUUAGGCCUUUACACUGUACUAUUGAAAACAAUAAUGGAAAACUUAUAUUAUCUUCAGAAAUGGAAGGAGAUACAUUUGUGAAUGGGCAGGUCGUAACUGGCAAAGUUAUUUUAAAACACGGUGAUCGAUUAGUAAUUGGCGGUAAUCAUUAUUUUAAAGUUUCAAAUCCGAAUGAUAAGCAUGGUAAUAUACAAAUUUCAGCGCAAGCUGUAGAUUAUGAAUUUGCUCAUCAAGAAAUUCUUAAAGUGCAGGAAGAAAAAUUAAGAGCAGAAUUGGAAGAAAGUAAACAGAAAGCAAUAAAGGAAUUAGAAAAUGCAAAACGAGAAAUUGAAAUGCAAUUGGGAACCCAAAAAUUAUCAUACGAACGUAAAAUUGAAAUUCUUGAUUCUACAGUUCAAGAGCAGAAACUUGCAUUAGAACAAAUUCAUAAAAAAAAAAAAGAAUUAGAAUUAGAAAAAGAAUUACUUGCAAAUGAAAUUGAAGCAAAUAAUAGAUUAAAACAAAUACAAUUUGAUCAAAGUAAAGUUAAUAUUACACCAUAUAAAUCUAAUUUUUUACAAGAAUUGGAAAGUAUUUUAAAUGAAAGAACAGCAAAUGUCGAAUUUGCUCUUAAGAUGAAAGCUAGCGAAGAAGCAAUAAGUGAUGGUGGUAUUAGUUUACAUGAAAUGCAAAUAUUAGUAAGAGAAGCUACUGAACGAUGUAAAGAAGUUGGUAUUAAUUAUGAUUUUGAUCAACAGCAAACAAUUGUCAAUAAAAGUCUGAAACCAGUAAUUCGUAUACGUAACAAAGAUAGCAUGAAAGAAACAUUCUGGCAACCAAUGCGAUUUUUAGAUUGGGUUCAUCAUUUGCGAGAUUAUGAUAUAGAAGAUUCGAUUAAGGAAUUAUGUACAUCAGAAGAAACUUGGGAACCUUAUGAAAAUACAGAAACUUUUGAGGAUUCUUUAAAUAAUAGUCGGAUUUCAAUAAAUAUGACUCCCGUAAAGAAGCAUUUAAAUGAGAGUUUACAACUUUCAUUAGAUACAUCCGUACUUGAAACUACAUUAAAUAAUCAAACAUUUGAUAUUUCAAAAGAUCAAGAAACUAUAAAUACAUGUCUCUUUCAAAUAGAACUUGCUAUAAAAACUAUACGUAAAUUAUGUAAUAAAAAUAGCGAAAUUCAAUCGAUUCCGGAAUCUCUUAAUAAUAUAGAAAGUAUCAUUUGUAAUUUACGUGAAACUUUAAAAAUAGCAAACAUAAGUAAAUGUACCAAUGAAAAUGUAAUUUCUGUUCAGAAUUUUAAUGGUAGCACAAUUGAAAAUUCUGACAUAAAUUUGACAGUUUCUAGCCUCAAUUGCAACAUAAAAUCUGUUUCACCAACAAAAUCUACUUUACGUAAUAAUGAUAAAGGUUUUGUGUGUGACAAGAAAAGUGUAAGAUUUACAGAUAAAUUAAAAGAAGAAUUAACUUAGUAAAAAUAAACAUUACUUAAUUAAAUAAGAUUUCUAUUUAGAGAGAUAUAUUAUUAUAUAAAUGAACUGUAUUGGAAUAUACUUGAAAAACAUUAACAUAAAAAUAUGUUUAGCUACAUUUACUAUGUGACUAUAUUAUUUUAUUUUUUAUUAGUCAUAGCUGUUAUAUAAUGUUAUUUACGUAUAUAUAUAUUAUAUAAAAUAUUCUGUAUGAAUGUUUAAUUAAAUUUAUAUAAGGUUUGUAAAGUUACAAUAAUAUUAUUCAAAUAAAAUAAUCAAUUUAAA